CAAAAAUCACCACUUUUUCCCCACAGUUGCUUAUUUUUCAGAAUUUUUCAGCUUUUGCUUCUUCUACUUUGGUAAUAGCAGUAUCAGAAUGUUGGUUCUGCAUGUUACCAUGACAGGUUGUGUGGCAUGUGGAGUAAAGCUGUGUGUGCUUUCUGGGAGUCACAAGGUUUAACAAACUCUCUGAUGAAGCAUCAGAUUGUAUAGAUUUUGUACCUGUGCUUUACUGUCCCAUUGGUUUGGUCACUCUGUGCUACUGGGAUGUAAUAUAAUGAAUUUUAAAGCUGGGAUGUGAGUGAACAUCUAGCCUGAGCAGCUAAGAUAUUGUCCUGAAAUCCUCUUGGGAUAGUCAUCCCAACAUUGAAUCACACAUGCAUUAGACAAGUUUAGGAAGAGAACUCCCAAGACCAGCUCAGGCUUUGACAGUGAGAGGGUAAGGCUAUUGCCAGAAAAUGGGAUGAUUAGGGUGCAACACAGGAGACUGAAUGCUGCAAGGGAUAUUUGGGAAGAGUGCUCCAAAGGAGCACUUCCAGUGAAAUCCAGGUGAGGUUUGUUGCCAAAGCCAUUAAAGCAUAAUGGUGCCAGAAAAAGCUGCCAACAGAUGUGGGAAUAAUGGCACCUAUGGGUGUGCUGUCAAUGGAUGGUACUGCCAGGAUGAUUUUUUUAUUUUAUUUUAAUGGUGACAUUGCUAAAAGUAUUUAAGGGUAAUGUUAUAGAAAGUGUUUUAGUGAGUGAAGUCACUGAGUUCCAGGAACCAUUAAGCAAAACCUGUUUCAUGACUCUACUAUUUAUUAUUUUAAAGCUUGAUGGCAAACCACUUAAUGCUGGAAAAGCAGGCUGCAACCUGUAUUAAAGCGUGCUACAGGUGGACAAGGAAACCACCCUACUGAACUGAAUAACCCAAGGUAGUUUCUGGACGUUGUACACAUUUCAUGUGCACCAUGAUAAAUUAAUGCAACUCCAUGGAUCAGCAGAGCUUGUAAACAUUGAAUUAAAACGCUGGAGCUCAGAUCUUCUGUCGUACUCCCAUGCCCAGUUCUUACUGAAGACACUGUUUCUUUCGUUUAAAUGCCAGUCUGAGGAGCUGGACCUUCAAGCUUUCUGUGCUCCCAUCUCACGUCUGUGAUCUUGACAAUAGGUUUUUGGAUCAGUUCUCAGAUCUAGAUCUCUCCCUAAUAAAACAGUCUAGCUCAGGUCGCAGUGUAAAGCAAGGGCAUUCUUUUUGAAUCAUAGACUUACCUUACAAGACUUCCAAAUAAAGGAGAGAAAAAGCCUAUUCCUUCCAUAAUAAUACUUGCAGAUUCAUAGUGAGUCCAUUGGGCCAUGAUUUUCAACUUGUGUAUCCCAAGAUCUGUUUUAAAUUGUGUUUAAGCCAGCUGCCUGCUCCUGACUUUUUCCAGAGAAGUGCACAGCUACAGUAAAUACCAGCUACAGUAGUUGGAAGGAGGGGAUCAAUGUAUAAUUUUCCUUCCACAUUCUGGGAUUUAUUGGUCCCACCUUCUUCACAUGGGGAACUUCUGAUGUUAAUUUUCUUUUUUGUUUGUUCAUUUGUUUUUAAGUCCAGACCUAAAUUUCACUAUCUCUUACAGAGCUAUUACUGGCCGUUAUUGUUUUUAUUAUUCCAUGGCUUCUCUGGGAAGAGAAGGAUGGGCAGGACCUCAGUGACAUUGCCAGAGCAAAUCAUCAGUGGCCGUGUCUCCCCCUUAGGAGGUCACAGGAAACAGGUGGCUGUGUUAAUUGUCCUCACUCCCAACUCUUGUCCUUCCUGGAGGGAAUUUAGAAGUGGUCAGGAAGUGUCAAGCCUACUGCACAGGCCUGUGUCCCCCCAGGCUCACUGCUUCAGGCAUUCAUAAUAAUUUGAGGUAUGUGCCAGGCAAGGGAGACUGUCUGGGAAUCCUUACUGUCGUUUUUAAGCUGAGUGGCUACCUGGCUGGGAGGGCUGAAUGCUGUUGCUGCAGAGCAUGUUUGAGAUUGCAGCUGGAAUCCAGCAAAAUAACAAAGAAUUCCAUUAAAAAAAAAGUAUCUCCCUAUCAUAUACUGUUUCCCUUCUUUCAAGAUAUUAAUAAAAAGUCCUAGGUAAGCAAACUACAAAAACUCAAGAGGUGCAUGAAAUAUUUCUGGAAACUCUGAUCCACUUUUAUCUGGUGGGUUGAGUAUGGAGAAUGUCAGUGUAUUUUCUGCUUAGGCCAGUUUUAAUUGUCUUUGUUGCAACUGCACCAUCAGUAGUCAUGGAUCUCUAAAUGGCACUCAGUCCUGUGCUUUGGAAAAUCAGUUAGUGUUUUGCCUCUUUAUAUGAGCUUCUUGUUAACAACUUGCUCGAUGUUUUUAGCAGUGAAGGUGCACAGCAUUGCUGAGUAUCUCACUGCAAAUGUGGCACCCAGUGCUGUAAAGCCAGAUUUUGAAUUACCAGUAAUGUUUUUAUAAAGUGUCUUUUGUAAAGUGUUCACUCACAUUGGAAGUGAUGUUAGUUGAGUAAUAAACAUACUAGUUAUUUAUCUGCCAUAUGCAUUUGGGGUGAAAGCUCUUGAGCUUCUGCUCAGGUGUACUCUUGAUAUUACUAAGACUACUUGGCUAAAUAAGGUGGGCUGCAGGAUUGUGUGGCUGGUGAAUCACACUGGUUUCUGAAUUACUCUCAGAAAAUACCAGCCUGAAAUGCUAGCAGAUAAUGAACACAUUGUGCUUGGACUGGUACAUUAUUUAAAGAAUAGCAUUUUAAAAUAGAGUAUUUUGUAAAAUGUUAGUUUAAGAACCACUUUGCAAUUUACUUCCAUCAAACCCAUUGUACCAGGAAAAAUACCUCCUUCAGAAGGGAAAAGGUGUCAGUAUUGUGGAAGAAUAUCUGAUUUUUAUCCAGCUAUUUGCUAUUUAAGCUCCCUUCUUUUCAAUGCAAGGAGAUCAGCUGACAACAGCAGCAACCAAAUCAUGUUUGCAGCUGGGCAAUUACAGUAGACCCUAAGAUCUGCAACUGUCAACCAUGAACGCAGAUGCCUUCAAAGUUCUGUUUUUCUUCCAUGUGGAAGUCGUUGGCAUGGAACAGAUGCCUUCAUUUUGGAGAAACCAACCGCUGGAUAUAAUUGGUUCUCUCUUGUCUUGUCCUCUAGGGACAGUCUCUCACAGAUGAAAUUAGAUGAGAGGAAAAAAGAAAAGACACAGGCACACACACUCGCACAUGACAUGAAGCAGGAGUUUUCAGGAUCCUUCUCUGUUUUGUCACGUGGAACUGUUUUCAGCUGGAAGAUUUCAUUCCAUUUUUAGCACUCUACACACACACGAUGAUGAUGCUAUAUGAAAAACAUGCAAAUGAAAAUAUGUAUCUGGCCAAAGUUUAUUAUUAAUCUAGGCAUGCUUGUUUAGAAAUAAGACAAGCAUAUCCAGCCCAUAUUACUUCAGCAUUAAAUCUUAACUUCAAUAUCUAUUAUUGCUGCAGUCUCAGAAAUUUGAAGUUAAGUCUCAGAAGAGACAAGAUGCUUUAAGAAUUGUUUAGUUGCAGUUGUGGAAUCAAAGUAUUUUUAUCAAAUGAUUUGGUAGUUAUUAACAUGGGAGGAAAAAACCAAGUAGCAGAUUUUAAAAUUCACCUAACAUUACAGGCAUUCAAUUAGGAAAGCAUCUUUACAGGAACUUUAGCAGUUAGUCUGAUGGACACCUGUGAUGUGCUAUUUCUGGGAGCCCUGUAGUAGGAUACUGAAGUGACUGUGUCCUCUUACUGCAGGCACCUAGAAUGAGAUGAUGGCAAUGGACUUAGAGGCUGUGUGAGAGAGGAAGAAUCUGCCUAGUCUGUGCCUGUCAUAAGGUUUCUGUCAUCCCCUUUCUGCCCUGGUGUACCAGCUACGAAAAUCCUUAUGGUUUGUGUUACUUAAUUAUACUAUUAAAAUAAGUUUAUACCAACUUUAGGUUACCUUAAUAAGCUCAGUUGUGAACUGUGACAGUCAGGCAGUGCUGUGUACUCUUGGGUAGACUGGGUACAUCCAGGAGGUGGGUGCAGCAGGGAUUGGGGCCUGCCAGGAAGUAAAACUGCCACUGCUGGUACCUAAGACCCUGGAAGCUUCCUCUGUGAAUGUCUGUUCUUUCUUAAGUUUUAUUUCCUAGUACAAGUUGAGGGUUUUUUUUUUUUUUUUUGUUAUUUUUUUUAAUAUAUAUUGCAGUUUGUUGAUCAGUCCCUAUUUUACAUGAUGCAUUUACUACUGCUGUAGCAGUGGUGUCACCAGCAGUGAAAACUGUCAGGAGUUACCUUGGUCUGGAUAGUAGGUAGAAGGCAGUCGGCAGUUCAGACUCUUGAUGUAGCUGGAUAGGUGCCCUGAGCUGUGGUCCUUUGUUUCCUGCUAACUCCCGGGAGCUGUGUGGGUGGAGGGCGUUCACAGGGACUUUCAGCAGUUAGAAGGAAGCCCCAGGUAAACUUGUUUUUGAACUGAUGACUCUUCAGCUUUUAUAAAGGGAAAUUCUUUGCUGUAGGACUCCAGUUCUGAUUCGCUGAACUUGAGUGCGACAGCGUGCUUGCUCUUACCAUUGUAUUUCUGAAGAACCACAUAUUAAAGGGAGGAUUUAACUGGGGAAGUGCUUAGGUGAUGAAGGGAUUUCUGGCAGUAACUAGGAAGUACAAUAAUGGUUGGUUUCAUUUGAGGCUGAUCCUGAUAUUUGUAGUCUUUACAUCCUAUUAAUUCCUUGAAAGAUAAGCUGAUACAAGAAUGAUUUGCCAGAGCCAACGGCUCUUCUAAAAGUCUUGGCUCAGGUUGUAUCCCCCUUCUCUACACAUACAAGAUAAAAGCACUGUGAAUAUGAGGUUAACUGAAUUCAAAUAGAAGACUCUCUAGAGUUAUUGCAUUCCUUAGAAAAUAAAUACAUUUCUCAUAUGGUUGAGGUUGAUCAAAAAAGUAUUCUGUAUGCCAGUGAUUACAUUCCCAUCUGUGAUUAAGGUUUUCUGUCUGCAUCUGGUUUUCACAUUAUAUUUCUGUAACAAGAAUCCUUUAUAUGGCAGAGUUCACUCUCUGUAUUUUCUAUUAGCUGCAGCUUGAACUACUGCACGGAUCGCAGAUUUACACAUGUGGUUUUCAUUACUUCAUACCAUUGAGAAAAAGUAAUAUUUGUUUGGGAAAGUAUGUUUUUCAAAAUUUCCAUGGUAAUGCAACAUGUUGAUCCUUUUUUAUAAUACUCAUGUAAGACUACAAAUUGUUUGAGGCAUUCUGCUUUCAGUGAAGUUCAGACAUUAGACAAUUUUGUAUGCACAUUUGAACAACAGCAGCAGUUUACAAUUCAGGAAGCAAAAAUACAUUUAAAGAAGGAGAUUAGUGUAGAAUGGGUAUAGCAAAAUUCAUCCGUCACUUUGGAAAAUGUGGCAUAUAGAAAAAAUGAAUGUGGGCCUGAAACAAAGGGAGAGUAGUAAAUUGAGGUGAUGUCUUCAUUGUAAAGUGGAUGACAGAUUUUUUUUUUUUUUAAAUAAGAACAUUUUUACGGUAAGAUGUUUAAAAUCUUUUACCAGCCAUGAAAAAGGAGUAUGCUAUUUGGCAGACAGAAAUAUUGAAUUUUUAUAUAUUACAUAGUUUAACGUAUUUGACCAUAAUUGUUUCUAGUGGCCAAAUUAGAAAAGGUUAGAAAAACACGCAUAUAUCAUUACAGAUCUCUGCUGUGUAACACUGAAUCCAAGAUAGGAUGCUAAUUUAAUAUUCCACUAUAAGACAGUAUUUUAGCCAGAUUGUGCUAUUGUCACUUGGUAGAAAACUUAAUGUUUAAAUUAUCUCAGUGAAAUUUAUUGGGCCACUUGGUCAGUGGAGAAUUUUUAAGUUUUGGUAGAGGCGUGGGCUUAUGACUGUAAAAAUCAGAUCAAACAACAAUUCAGAGAAUGCUGUAUGCAUUUAUGGAAAUUAAAAGUCUAGGCAAUUGAAAAGUACACAAUUCAUGCAAGGGCACAACUGAAAGGUAAAUUUAUUGCCUAUGUAAGAACAUUGUGACAACUAGAGAAUUACAUAGAAAAUAAAAAUAAUUUUAUAAAAGUAGUUAUUGUACCAAGUUGUGGAGUCCUAACCACAUUUUGGAGUUUAUUUUCCAAAUGCCAGAGGCAGUUGUGUCACUUUAAGAGCUCCACAGUUGCCAAGUUCCGAGUAGAGCCCUGCAGUCCUUACCACUUGUUUUCACUGAAAUCAGUGGAAUUUUGGCUUCUCUCAGGACUGUGGGGAAAUGUCCGACCAAGACCACUGGAAAGAAAGGAGGGACUUUGGUGAACUCCUUUGUUCUGUAACCUAACUUGGGAAGAAAAGAUUGAUCUCUGGGCUGGUGAACAUAAUAUCUGUCCCAGUCAGAAAAGGAAAGAGGAAAUUAGCAGAGCGGUUGGUGGAGAAUGAUAUCUGUCAAAAGAAACACUUGGAGAGCACUGAGUUUAGUGAUAGGUGACUGCCGGAAAAAAGGGAACUUUGAAUUUUGCCAAGAUCGCACUGAGAAGCAUUCCACAAUGCCAGACUCACCUGUGGAUGUGAAGACACAAUCCAGGCUGACGCCUCCAACCAUGCCACCUCCUCCCACUACCCAAGGAGCUCCAAGAACCAGUUCAUUUACGCCCACAACGUUAACCAAUGGCACUAGCCAUUCACCAACAGCGUUAAAUGGAGCUCCGUCUCCUCCUAAUGGCUUUAGCAAUGGGCCAUCCUCUUCCUCUUCCUCUUCUCUGGCUAACCAGCAGUUACCGCCAGCUUGUGGAGCUAGGCAGCUCAGCAAACUGAAGAGAUUUCUUACAACCUUACAGCAGUUUGGCAAUGACAUUUCACCAGAGAUUGGGGAGAGAGUGCGUACCCUUGUGCUAGGACUUGUGAAUUCUACUUUGACAAUUGAAGAAUUUCAUUCCAAACUGCAAGAAGCUACUAACUUCCCACUGCGACCUUUUGUCAUCCCGUUUUUAAAGGCCAAUCUGCCCCUGCUGCAGCGGGAGCUGCUGCACUGUGCAAGGCUAGCCAAGCAGAACCCAGCCCAGUACCUCGCCCAGCACGAACAGCUGCUUCUGGAUGCCAGCACCACCUCACCUGUUGACUCCUCAGAGCUGCUUCUCGAUGUGAACGAAAACGGGAAGAGGCGAACUCCAGACAGAACCAAAGAAAAUGGCUUUGACAGAGAGCCUUUGCACUCAGAGCAUCCAAGCAAGCGGCCCUGCACUAUUAGCCCAGGCCAGCGGUACAGUCCAAAUAAUGGCUUAUCUUAUCAGCCCAAUGGUCUGCCUCAUCCCACCCCACCUCCACCUCAGCAUUACCGUUUGGAUGAUAUGGCCAUUGCCCACCACUACAGGGACUCAUACAGACACCCCAAUCACAGGGACCUCAGGGACAGAAAUAGACCUAUGGGGUUGCAUGGCACACGUCAAGAAGAAAUGAUUGAUCACAGGCUAACAGACAGAGAAUGGGCAGAAGAGUGGAAACAUCUUGACCAUUUGUUGAACUGUAUAAUGGACAUGGUGGAAAAAACCAGGCGAUCUCUCACUGUCCUACGGCGAUGUCAAGAAGCAGACCGUGAGGAGCUGAAUUACUGGAUACGGCGGUACAGUGAUGCGGAGGAUUUAAAAAAAGGUGGAAACAGCAGCAGUAGUCAUUCCAGACAGCAGAGUCCAGUGAAUCCAGAUCCAGUUUCAUUAGAAUCUCAUCGGGAAUUCCUUCACAGGCCUGCAUCUGGAUACGUGCCAGAGGAGAUCUGGAAGAAAGCUGAGGAAGCUGUCAAUGAAGUGAAGCGGCAGGCCAUGGCCGAGCUGCAGAAGGCCGUGUCGGAGGCCGAGCGGAAGGCUCACGACAUGAUCACUUCCGAGAGGGCCAAGAUGGAGCGCACUGUUGCCGAAGCCAAGCGCCAGGCGGCGGAGGAUGCCCUGGCUGUCAUCAAUCAGCAGGAGGAUUCAAGUGAGAGUUGCUGGAACUGUGGCCGGAAAGCUAGUGAAACCUGCAGUGGUUGCAACACAGCACGAUACUGUGGCUCAUUUUGCCAGCACAAGGACUGGGAGAAGCACCAUCACAUCUGUGGACAGACCCUCCAAGCCCAGCAGCAAGGAGAGACACCAGCAGUGAGCUCCUCCGUGACGCCCAGCAGCGGGGCCGGGAGCCCCAUCGACACUCCACCAGCAGCUACUCCGAGGUCCACCACCCCGGGAACCCCAUCCACCAUAGACGCGACUCCUCGCUAAAACUGAACUCCAAACUCCGGAAACUGAAACACAACAGAACGUGAAACCAAUUCCUCAUCCUCAGAUGCGCAAAGAUUUUAACUGAACUGUCGUAUUUCAAUACUUCAAUAAGAAAGAACUUACUGUAUCUUGAGGUGGUAGAAAAUACAGAAGGCCAGUAACGGGUCAUAAUGACUUAUUGUGGAUAACAAAGAUAUCUUUUCUUUAGAAAACUGAAAAGAGAGCAGAGAAUAUACACAAAAUGAUAGAUUUGACCUCCUCCCUGUUAUUUUCCAGUAGCUGGGAUUUUAAACUAGAUGACCUCAUUAACAGAUGCUUUACCAAACAGCAAACCAAGAGAUUGCUAAUUGCUGUUGAAAGCAAAAUGCUAAUAUUAAAGUCGCAAUGUUCUUUAUAACAAUAAUGGAAAUUAAAAAAAAAAAAAAAGAGAGAGAGAGAAAAAAAUAACCCUCAAGGGCAUGAGCAUUGGAUACAGCAGUAGACAUUUUAACAAGAAGAUGAAUGGCGUCCGUGGGUUACUGACUGAACUUUGAAGACCCGCAUCAAAACGCGCAGAUGUGCAGCAGAUUGGAAGGAGACACAGAUGUUCAUUUUUUUUCCUGUUUCUAAAAGAAAUAAAAUAAUACCCAGGUCAACAGAAUGAAAAAUGAAAGAUGAUUUGCAGUGGGAUGUAGGACUACAGCAGCAAAGAAAAAAAAUGCCAUAAUGCAAAAGGCUUUUUUUUUUUUUCCUUUUAAAUACAGAAAUAAGGGACACAGCCUGCAGUUAAUUAGCAUCCUGGCAGCUUUGACAUCAGCCAGCUGCUCCAACUAAACCUUUCAACAUUUCUUCACUUUUUUUGCAAGGUUCCACAGAGUAUGACAAUCGGGUCUAUUCCAGCUCAUUCAUUUUUGUAUUGAAAAUUAAUAAUAGUUAAUAACACGGUGGCUCCAGCCCCUUUCCAAAUUCUUUCCACCCAUCCUGUUUGGAUUUUUAAUUAAGAAAAUAAAAAAAAACGAAAAAAAAAAAAAAAAAAAAAAAAAAAAGAAAGAAAAAACCCCCUAGUAGUUCUCUUGGUGUUAAAACACUUCUGUCCUGUGAGGUUUCCCAAUGGUGUUUU